AUGGCAGGUGCCCUCCAGUUUGCCCUCAGUUUGCCCUCAGGUGCGCCUGCAGGAAUGGGGAAGGUGGGCGCGCAAGGGAGGGAGCUGCUGGUUAGAACGAGGCACAUGGCCCUUGCUGAGAAGCCCGCAAAAAUGGCUGGUGCCCUCCAGUUUGCCCUCAGUUUGCCCUCAGGUGCGCCUGCUGGAAUGGGGAAGGUGGGCGCGCAAGGGAGGGAGCUGCUGGUUAGAACGAGGCACAUGGCCCUUGCUGAGAAGCCCGCAAAAAUGGCUGGUGCCCUCCAGUUUGCCCUCAGGUGCGCCUGCUGGAAUGGGGAAGGUGGGGGCGCAAGGGAGGGAGCUGCUGGUUAG